UGGUUCCCCAACAAUAAAGGUCUCGCGGCAGGGAUAGUGUCUUCAGGGAUGGCCUCCACUCCAGUUCUAAUGAAUAACUUACAUACAUUUUUUAUGAACCCUAAUAACCUUCAACCUGAUGCUGAUGGAUAUUUCAACGACUCUGGAAUUUUGGAUCGUGUCCCUACCUUGUUUCUGAUAAUAGGAGCUAUACAAGGGGGUAUUUUACUUAUUGGACUACUUCUGUACGAGCAAUCUCCAUCAGAGAUAACAGAGGAGAAAAAAAAUAAAAAAUGUCCUGCAUCAGCACAAAUAGAAUUGGAUUGUGAAUACAAGACCUUUCAAGAAGACUCUUCUAUGAUGUCAGAAGAAAGUUCAACCAAUCAGAAA